AUGAACGCGCAACUGUCCAUGGAGAGCCUCGGCGACCUGAGCCAUGAGUCUGUGGCCGGUCCAGGAGAGCUGCUAGUUGGCCACAGCCCUCACCCCCGCCCGGGUGGGGGCCGAGGGUUGGCGCACCGCUCCAUGGGCAUGACGAGCCUGCUAGACGGGGGAGAAUACCACUCCCAUCACGGACACAACACUGGACACCCCGGCCAUCACCUGCACCCCGCCAUGAGUAUGUGCGAGACCCCCCCUGGAAUGAGCGCGAGCACCUACACCACCCUCACACCUCUCCAGCCCCCCCUACCCCCCAUCUCCACUGUGGCAGACAAGUUCUCUCAUCAUCACCAUCAUCAUCAUCCUCACCACCAUCCUCAUCAUCCUCAUAAUCAUCAUCAGCGACUCCCCGGUAAUGUCACCGGCAGCUUUACGUUUAUGAGGGAUGAGAGGGGGCUGGCACCGAUCAACAACCUCUACUCCCCCUACCACCACAAAGACGCCCCUGGGAUGGGACAGAGCCUCUCCCCACUGUCUGGCUCUGGCCUGGCCGGCCUACACAGCUCCCAGGCCGGCCUGCCUCCCUAUGCCCACCCCGGGGUCUCAGCCUCCAUGCCGGGGGAGAAGAUGCAGCUGACUCCCGGCGGGUUCGAGGCUCAUCACCCCACCAUGCUGGCCAGACACGCCGACCAGCACCUCACCUCCUCGGGGAACAUGCUCCAUAUCAAUGGCCUCCAUCACCACCACCCCCAUGCCCACCUCGGAGCCUCGGGGCACGUCCUGGGCCACGGGAACCCCCGGGACAACAACAGCCAGAGCCAGGCCUCCGGGCCCGGGGUUCAAGUCCACGGGGUUGGUGGUGGUGGUGGCGGUACCGGGGGCAGUUCGACGGGUCAAAUGGAAGAAGUAAACACCAAAGAAGUAGCUCAGAGGAUCACCACAGAGCUGAAGCGUUACUCCAUCCCCCAGGCUAUCUUCGCCCAGAGGGUGUUGUGUCGGUCCCAGGGAACCCUGUCAGACCUGCUCCGGAACCCCAAGCCCUGGUCCAAGCUCAAGUCCGGCCGGGAGACCUUCCGCCGGAUGUGGAAGUGGCUGCAGGAGCCUGAGUUCACACGCAUGAGCGCGCUCAGGCUCGCAGGUGAGCGAACCCUCGGUAAUACCCCCUUCCUUUUUUAUUUCUCUUUCUCUCUCCCUAUACUCUUUAUCUAUAGGCGUUAUUUAAGAUUGUUUGGUGCUCGUCAUUGGAACAGUAGGCCUAUUGUCUGCAGCUGUCUUGAAUCUGACAGUGGAGUAGCCAGUGGUGUGACAGAACUGAAACCUCCCUCUGGAAUUCCCUGCAGUUGAAUUCACCAUUGUCUUUGUUGAAAUCUCUCUCUCUUGGCUUUUUCCAUUCUAUAAGAUAAGGGCCCAUGUGUCUAUUCACGCGUGCGUGUGUCUGUGUGUCUUUGUGUGUGUGUGUGUGUGUGUGUGUUGGUAAAGCGAUAUGGUACCAGAAUGGGCUUAUUUUGGCCACCGGGUUGUAGAUGCCAGCAGCAUCUAUCUCAUCAGCUUUGUGUUGUUACCAACAGAGUCCACGCGAGUCCAUGUAAACAGAGUCCACGCGCGGGAGAAUAAGAAUCAAGUUCUAAAAAAGCUUUUUAUGUCAUGAAAAUAUUAAUUUGCUGCCAGCACAUAUAGUGACAUCCUCAAGCUGUGUGUUUAGGGGCUGAGGGAUGGAACAUCUGCGGAAAAUAGUAUAAUAUAACAACAAUAGAAUAUAAUAGAAGAGAACACAAUAUUUCCCAGUAUCAAUAUGACCAUUGUUUUAAAUCUUGAGGAAAGCUUAUGGAAGCUGUGUCUUUGGCUGCGUUGACGCACUUAUUGUGUUUCAGUGAGUGUGUGUUUUUGUCUUGGAGCUAAACUCAUUAAGGAGGCGUGAUGCGGGGCUGACUGGGUUUGUGGUAAUUAACUGAUAGAUAGCUCUCUAUUAAUUUGUCCCCGAAGACCCGAGUCAAUCCGCCUGAACCGUUCUAGCGGACACACACACACACACGGAGCCACGCAGUCGGAAGCAUACAAAGGAAUUGCUUUUAUUUCUAAUCAAUGACGCGCUGAGGCGGAUGGGUUUUUGGCUUGUGAAAAGUGUGAGGCGCUACGCUGCUGAAAGUGUGUUAAAUCGCCAUUGAUUAUUUGCAGUGUGUGUGUGUGUGUGUGUGUGUGUGUGUCAUCAACAGUCUUGCAUAGCAAACCAUAUAGAUACCAUAUCAUAUAUAUAUAUAUACAUGUUAUUGUUUUUGUGACUUAAAUAAACGAAUAAAUAUGUUGCAGCGCAAACGCAACUCUUGAUCUUUCGAUGCAGGUGAUUCAAUAUCAGGGUAUUCCUUAUAAUACGUCUGUUGACGCACGCCAAACACAUUUGUAUUGAACCAUUAUAAUUAGAACCAAUAAUCCCUUCCAUCUCGUGAGCUAAGGGAAAACACUAUCAUUCAGAACAGAAAAAAUAAUUACUUUUCCCGGAAUUGUUUUCAGUGAAUUCAUGAAUGUUAGGCAGUACGCUUGUGCUGUUCUAUUUAGGCCUGCCAUGCAUUUAUGAAAGUAAAAAGUAAAAUAACAUAUUUUUGAUUAGGCAUAUCGUGUUCUCUGAGUGGGGAGAUUAUUUUGGCAGUGUCUCCCUCUUAAUUUUAUUUAUAUAUAUUACAACUUCGAACUGAAUCAUAAAGGCUUCAUUGUGAAAUAUGUCUCAUAAUAAUAAUAGCGCUUCAGAUUCUGGAAAUGUAAAAUGUCUGUAAACAGGAGAAGGAAGCCGGUGCAGGACCAUAUAUCGAUCGGUUCUUGGGUGAAAUGUGUGUGUGAUCGGCCUACUAAGAACUAAAAUAGAAGAUUGAUAUUGAUUAUUGAAAUUUGGCUUAUUCCAUUUUCCCAUGUUACAUCAUGUAUUCCUGGCAGUUUUUCUCAUGUAGCCAAGGCCUAUGCCUGCCGGUAGACUAGGCCUACUCAUAUCAUUAGCCUAUUUCAUCUUGAAUUGACCGAUGUUUUCAUGAAUUGGAAAUGUAAUGUAUUACAUGUGAAUUGGGUUUAAAAUAAUCGAGGAUAAUGCAGCCAAAACGUAUUUCCAUUGUGGUCCUUUGCUUUUGGCAAGGUUGUUGUUGAGAAGUUGCGUGUAUAGUUCCCUAAAUAACUAAUAAUAAUAAUAUAUUCUAGACCUAUACACACCCUCACAUACUCAACAAUUAACCAGGCCUAUAUUAAUUUAGCAGAAAAUACAGAAAAAAGCGUUUUGUUAAAGCAAUUGUAAACAAUUGUAAACAUGAAGGCCUAAUAUUGCACCUGCCCGAUAAUUAAUCUCAAGCAUUGAUUCUGACAUUACCAUUUUGUUUGUUAGAAAUUCGUUAAAAUUUAGGCCUAUUAUUUUCCAGUUUGGUAAGUUUGUGCGUUAGUAUUUUAAUAACAUGUUAUUGAACAUAUUUGGAAUAGGCCUAAUUAAAAAACUUGGCAAGCUGAGUGAAUCAGCUCUUUGAUUAGGAAAAGGGGCUAUUCAUACAUUUUAUUUAUUUAUUUUAAACACACACACACACACACCGCUGCUGCGGGUACACGAGUGUGUGCAGUCACGCCAUUGUUAGGCUACCUCAGUGUGGAGUUAUCUGCUUAAUGAUUGUCAGACAAGCAGAGCUGUGUGUGUGUUUGUGUGUGGGACCAGGGUGAUAACGAGCCUGGGAAAGCUCCCAACCUGUCCGACUACUUGUCUAUCUGCACAGCGCGGUGGCUGCUGGGGUGUUACUGUGGCCUUCAGCAGGUUGAUUUAUAGCGCAGUAGAUAGGCUAGAGCUCCACACACACACACACACACACACACACACACACACACACAAACAGCAGAUAGGAUGCCAGCUCAACUCCACACGGAGCCGUAGCUCUCUGUUAAUGGUUAUCUAGUGGUGUCUCUACCUAACUUGGCUACUACUGCUGCUAUCACAGAACACACACAGGCCUUUCUGUGAUUAGUUCAUUUCAUAGACUGAAAUAUGACACAUCAACAACACGCACCUGGCAUGCAGAUCCAUCUUGCUUUAAAACAUUUUUUAUUUAACCUUUAUUUAACCAGGUAAGCCAGUUGAGAACAAGUUCUCGUUUAUAACUGCGACCUGGCCAAGAUAAAGCAAAGCAGUGCGAUAAAAACAACAACAACACAGAGUUACAUAUGGGAUAAACAAAAUGUACAGUCAAAAAUACAAUAGAAAAUCUAUAUACAGUGUGUGCAAAUGUAGUAAGUUAUGGAGGUAAGGCAAUAAAUAGGCCAUAGUGCAAAAAUAAUUACAAUUUAGUAUUAACACUGGAGUGAUAGAUGUGCAGAAAAUGAUGUGCAAAUAGAGAUACUGGGGUGCAAAUGAGCAAAAUAAAUAACAAUAUGGGGAUGAGGUAGUUGGGUGGGCUAAUUACAGAUGGGCUGUGUACAGGUGCAGUGAUCGGUAAGCUGCUCUGACAACUGAUGCUUAAAUUAGUGUUUUGCAUUCAUUUGUCCGAUGGUAGUGAAAUACACUUGGUCUAAGAAAAUAUGUUCUAAGAACUAUAUUAUAUUAUAUCUAUCCGGGACAGUGACUGUCAAGCCGAUGUCCUCCAGCUAAGUAAAAAUGAAUGGCUCUUGGUCGAAUUCAGCGCUGCUACAGCUGUUUGGCAGCUCACUACUGCCCUCUAUCGAUAAUGUAUCGAUAUGCAGGGAGAGGCCCACUUACCGUGUGCUCCAGCACAACUGUCAGCAGCCAUUGUUUUCAGCUGUGCGCUUCCUCUGUGUGGCUUAUUAUGAGGCUACCCGUGUGUGUUAUAUUCCACUGUAUAGAUGAUUGUGUGCUGUAGCCUAUUGUUCUCAUACAGUGUUGUAUACCUUGUCAAUGUUGUUAUAAUAUAGUGUGUUAUAACAUCUCUCUUUCUCUCCCCACCCCUCUACCCCUGCCGUAGCGUGUAAGCGCAAGGACCAGGACCAGGGCCAUGGCCACUGUAAAGUUGGUGGUGACCGUGACGGCAGCGGUGGUGGCAGCGGUGGCAGCAGUGGCGGCAACCACAGCGGCGGCAACCACAGCAGCAAUAGUGGCCACUCCAAGAAGCCUCGGCUGGUGUUUACCGACGUCCAGAGAAGAACCCUCCACGCCAUCUUCAAGGAGAACAAGCGUCCGUCCAAGGAGCUUCAGAUCACCAUCAGCCAGCAGCUGGGCUUGGAGUUGACCACCGUCUCAAAUUUCUUCAUGAACGCACGCCGACGCAGCCUCGACAAGUGGCUCGACGAAAACGGAGGCUCCUCCCACUCCGCUAAUUCCUCCUCCUCCACCUGCAGCAAAGCCUGA